CUAAGUUUUGCCAUGAACAGUCACUGGAUAUUACUCUCGCUUAUAUCAGUGCUCACUCGGAUAUCUCAUGUAUCUUGCUAUUCAUGCUACCAGGGAAGUGAAGGAAACUUGAAUAUAACACCAGUAACUCGCGGAACGGUGCUUUGCUCUUUUCAAGUGAUCGAUCCUUGUGAUAAAUCUAAGAUUCACACCUACCACGCAUUUCAAUCAGACCAUACCUUUAGUAGAAGAUGCUAUUUUCGAGAUUCGGAUAAGCUAGUUGCGUGCUCAUGUGACACUGACCUCUGCAACAGAGAUGUGGACAUCAUAAGGAGACGCUUGGAGAAGACAAUUGAUCUCGACCCAGAAGUCCGAAAAUGCGUUGAGGACCGUUUGAAUGAGCUUGAAAGAAAAUUAAAAGGAUGGGACACAACUACUACCAAAGCGCCAAAUCAAGACCAAGGCAAUGAUGCACACAUGAGCAAUCGUGGGCAACAGCAAACCGGUAAGAAGGCAAAAGAUAGAAGUGGUGGCACAAGCGACUUCAUUAUAUUUUUGAUCCUGGUGGUGGUAGCAGUGAUUCUUCUGGUUGCAAUAAUUCCUGCUCUACUUUACUGCUUGACGCUGAAAAAUAGAAGAAGCCAGAGAAAGUCUCUUCUAAUGUUUCAUGAAAAAAUUGAGAGUUUGGUGCUUAUGCCUUUGCCAUAUUGGCGCUGCUGUGCUCACAACCAAACCGUUUAA